AUGUCCGACCCAGCCACAUGUUGCGAAGCCUCGGUCAAAGCAUAUCUACAAGAUCUCACAAUGAAGUGCAUGUCAGCUCUCAACAAUCGCAACUUCGACCCAGACGCUCCACCUUGGAGGAAUCACCUUGCAGACCACUUCGAAGCGACAGCCAACGGCACCACAGUUGUCAGAACGAAGCUCCAAGCGCUCGAGAACUUCGCAUGCAUUGCGAGACAGUUCCCAGAGUACAUGAACGAAGUCGAGAGGAUCAAUGUAGUGAUCCAGAGGCAUCUGGCGUGGUCCAGAAGUACCAAGACAAGGAGUGCGAAGGUGUUCGUGAAUGCUCAUACGGAGGGAAGACCGAACGCGAGGAAGUAUGUCAACGUCUAUGAGUUCAGGUUCAUUGAUGGGAUCUGGGUGGCUGUCAAGGAGAAUCUCAUCGCUGGGAUUGGAGGCGCUGAGACCUUGGUAGGAAUGUGA